AUGGAUUCCAGAGUGGUCAUUUGGAUUUUAAUCAUCAGUUCGGUUCAAGCACAAUACGAUGCAAAUGGGGCGGCGGCCGGAAAGGCUACUACUUAUGGUAGGUUCAGUAUUAUGAUCCCAUUGUUACUUACUAAAUGUACAAUCAAUCUCAUUUUAAUCACGUCGUAUUUUACCCAAUGCGCCAACUUUUACAUCCACUUUUUUCAAUGUUUUAACUUUUCGACAUUAUCCGUGAUGACUUUAUGAAUAAUAUAAAAAAUGUCUCAAAUCAAAAAUCUUUUUAUAAGCUUGGCCGGUUGAUUGUUCGGCCAUUACUCCAUAAAAUAUCCUUUAUUUUACCCCCUUAUUUUGCACCUUGAAACUCUAUUUGAAUACUUUAAUAGUCCGUUAUUUUUCAGGUCCCCUACUUCGAGUUGAAGGUGAAGUUCACGCCGAAAAAGCUGAAGAACAAAAACUAGGAGGGCUGAAUCCAACAGGUAAACUUUUUUCUUAUUUUAUAACGUUUUUAUUUAAAUUAUUCUAAGAAAUUUCUUUAAAUAUUUGUAAUUUUUUUGUAUUUUAGAUGUCUAUGGUGAAGUUCCUGUUGAACGGCCGCUUCCUUCUUCCGUAGGAUCGGUUCCUCCAUCGCCGAAAUCCCCCAAAGUCGUUGAUUCCAGCGAAGAAUCCAAGGAAUCUGUAACCCAAGCUUCGGCGGAUUCUGCCCCAGGCUAUGGCCCUGAGGCAUCGUCGACAACCGAAAAGAAGCAUGACGCCGAAGAUCAAGGUCUUUUCUCCACUGGAAUCCAUGGAAUGGACAUUACGACCGUAGAGAGUACGCAAGAAACGACGGCCGGUAGUGCUGCUAUUACUGGAGCUACUAGCAAUGCCGGAGGCGCUUCAGUUUCCUCAGAACACAACUCUGGAUACGAUGUGCAAGCGCAGGGUGUGGAUACAACCACGAAUACUGCUGCUCCAGCCACCACUACUACCUCGGAAUUGGAGAAAUCGACUGCGGGCGGUACUGAAGAAUCGACCAGAAAAACGGCCACUACUCCUCCCCCGACUCCCAAACCUGAGGAAAACACCACACCUGAGCCCAAAUCUCUGGCUGUAGCCACUCCAGAAGUGAAUCCAAAGUCCGAGGAGACUACAACGGCCGCGGCAAAUCAAACGGCCGAAACAGAAAACCCAGAAGAGUUCAAAUUGAGCGCAGAACAACCAAGCAGCAAGUCAGCGGAGGCCGAAACUGUGCAAGAUGCCUUAAACAUUGUUAGCACCACUGAAACAGCAGCUGCAAGUAAUGUUUCCGAAAGUAACCCUAAACCAGCGGCCGAAAACCAGGCUUCCGCUGGAAAUGGAGGUUAUGAUUCGCCUGUUCCUGCGACAAUAGCAGCCUCUGAGACUACUCCAGUCGAGACUACAGGUAGUCCCGUGUCAUCAGCCGCUCCAGAAGGUACACCGGCGGCUCCGGAGAACUCCGAAUCCCCCACAACCCCAACUGGUCCUGAACCAACUCAGGAAACAACUGGUAGCCCUUCUGCUGCAGCUGAAUAUGACUUUGGAUCCAGCCCAGCCCCACCUCAAGGAACUCCAGAAGCUUCUUCCAGUGAAGUUAAUACUCUUCCUCCAGCUGCCGAACCAGCGGCUCCAGGCUUCUCUACGCCCAGCCCAGCCCCUUACGGAGAUGAUGCCCCUGCCAGCACUGCUAGUCCUGCCACUGAGACCAGUUCGGCACCAUCGACGGAGGCUGAAACUACCGCGGAGACUACGGUAACUACAAUUGAGCCAAGCGAAGCCCCUAACGCUGAGGUUACUCAAGCUUCGGCUGAGGCUACAAAGACUCCAGAAGGCGGGUACGACUCUGCCCCGUCAUCUAGUCCAGCUCCAGCCGAGACUAGUCCAGCUGCCGAGCCAACAACCACUUCUGAACCAGCUGAGAUAACAGAAGCUCCAGAGACAUCAACAUUAUCCGCAGCAUCAGCUGAGACUACAGCGGCUUCGGGGUCCUCUGAAACCACCGAAUCCUCCAACCCAAGUACCGAAUCAGUCAGCAGUGAUUCCAGUUCAGGCACAACCAAAGAAGAGGACGCUGGAGCCGCCCCUGGUCUGAAUCCAAAGUCUUCAACGACUUCAGCUCCAGGGUAUGAUGUCCCAGCUGUCUCGAGUCCGGCCUCUGUGGCCCCUGCAGUAAUUGGAGAGCCUUCAACACCAACUGAGGAAAAGGAGAACCCAACCAGCAGCUAUGACAAUGAUUCUAAGCCUUCUGAAGCGCCGGCUCCAACAACCGAAGCCCCUUCAGUCACUCCAGCAGCUUCAAAUGGCUAUGAACAAAGUAAUGCUGGGUCAUCGAAUUCCCAGCCUGCUAGUCCUGCUGCUAACUCUCAUUCGGCUACUCCAGCAGGAUCAGGAACAGGCCAAGCCGAAUCAGGAUACCAGUCCAACCAGCCGGAAAGCGUUGCUGAAUCUCACGCUAGCUUUGGCUCUCAUCCCGAGCCCGCUCCAGCCUUGGAAUCCACUAGUUCAGCUGCUCCAGCCGAGCCUAGUCCAGCCACAACCGCCUCUCCCAAACGAUGGAAGAUCUCGCAAGGUUUCAAGAAGCCCGUCGAUGGUCAAACAGGAGGUAAAAAUAACUACUAAACGGAGAAUUAACACUACUAAUUAAAGCCAAGAGUUAUGACGAUCCUAACCGAGUAACCGAACCCGUCCAUGUCCUCGAACCCUCCGGCUAUGGUGUGAAUGGUAACCCUAAUUAACAGUACUAAUAGGCGCGGUGUUUCCCGUUUCAGAUCAAAGUCCAGUCUAUUCGCCACCAACUCGGGUGAUUUGUAUGUUAAACUAGGUUACGGUAGGAUUAAAAUAAAAAAUAUUUUAGCUGCAAGUGAAGCUGUUGGAUACGAUGGAGUACCAACUGGAGCCCAGAGGGAUACAAAGGUCGAGAAAGCAACUGGUAAGCGAAAUAUCUCAAUAUGAGAGAUGUCAAUAUAUUAUACUUGAUCCCCGUUCAAAAAAAGGCGACGAUUUCUAAAGUUAUGACACAAGACGACGGAACUGACCUUAUCAUAGCAUACUAGAGACCCUAGGCUCAGUUAACAUCAAAUUUCAGCACGCGUUGACGUCCAUCCUCGUCACAGUUCGAUGAAAAGGAAAUGGAAGCCAUUCGAGAUGGACUGCGCCUCGGAAGUGGACGAUCGAGGCACCGAACUGUGCUCGGAAUGGGCCAAAGGCGGUCUCUGUGAGGCCCACAAAGCCACGAUGUUCCUGUUCUGCCGGAAGACCUGUCUUUGCGUUGGGCCGCCCAGUUCGGCCGAAAGUUUGGAAGUCCGCCGAGGCCGAAGACACCCUCGGUUCUUCCGCUUCCAAUUAUAG